AUGAAGCUCCUAAAGAUCCUGGCAACUAUCUUCUUCGGCUUCGUCGUCCGGGCCGAAGUGCCUUCCAACAGGACUGCCGAGACCAAGUUGGUGCAGAUCAAGAAACUGCUCAUGCCUCAGCUCUCCGAGAAUGCCACGAUUAUCUUUCCCGACUCCGAAAAAUGGUAUGAUGUUACCCAUCGUGCUGCUGCUCCCCGCGUGAACCCAGGCUAUCUCGCCGUUGUUGAGAUCAAAGUCGCUAACGAGGUCGGAGUCCCAUUCCUAGCUGUCACCGGCGCCCACGGCUGGACCGACGAUAUUAGCAAGAUCCAGGACGGAGUUCAGAUUCGUAUGCGUGGCCUCAACCAUGUAGGUCUGAGCCCUAACAAUGACACUGCAUACGCUGGUGGUGGUGUCCUUCAAUACGAAGUCGUACAGGCUCUGUAUCCGUAUGGAAAGCAAGCUGUCCACGGUCUCUGCGAGUGCGUCUCUAUCCUGGGUCCUCUUUUGGGUGGCGGUCACAGCGUGCUUCAAGGUGAUUACGGCUUCGCUGCUGACAGCUUGGUCUCAGCCAAGGUCGCUCUCCACAAUGGUACUGUUGUCACUGCCUCAGCCACUGAAAACGAAGACCUCUUCUGGGGCCUUCGUGGUGCUGGUCAUAACUUGGGUAUUGUCCUUGAGUUCGAGGUCAAUGCUUAUGACAUCCAUCCAGAUCCAUGGACCUUUAUGACCUUCGUCUAUGAGGCCGAUAGGAUUGAAGAGUACUUCGACGCUUGGAAUGACCUCGAAGACAGCAUUGCCGACCCGGGUUUGGUUGUUUUGAACGGCUAUUACCGCAACUUGCCCGAAUUCAACGCUGAGAAGCCUGUUGUGGUCAUGGAGCUCAUCUACCAGGGUUACAACACCGCUGCUCCCCAGUACAUUGAAGCCUACCGUGCUAUUGGUCCCAUUCACGAGGAGACAAUUACUGAUAUCUACUGGAACGAACUCUUCGAUAUCACCAACUUUGGUCGUGAUGACCGGGUGUGUAUCCCGAGUCAGAAUUGGGCCGGCUACUCCAAUUCCAUCGCCCGUUGGGAUCCUGCGUCCAUGCGCGAAAGCUACAACAUCUUCGCUGACCUUGUCGCCACUGAAACUUACAACACGUCCACCUUCAUAUUCGAGUCCUAUGGCCGCAAGGGUGUCCGCAACUUCCCCGAUGACUUCAACGCUGUCUCACCAGAAGAGCGCAACAGGCAUAACAUGUUGGCUGCCUUCCUAUUCUGGUCUGGUGAUGACGAGACGGAGCUCGCUGUGGCUCGCGAGUUCGGAAAGAGGCUCCAAGUUGCCAGCCGCAACGGUGAGACUGCGCACUCCUAUGUUAACUAUGCCAUGGGCGGCGAGGAGCUUCCGCAGGUGUACGGCCGUGAAAGUGACCGCCUCGAAAAGCUUCAGACCAUCAAGGCCAAAUUCGAUCCUCACAACAAAUUUGGAUUCUACGCCUCCCUCGCAGAUGCUUGA